GCUGGCCUCCUUCUUCCCGUUCGGGAAGGCCCAGCGAGCGAAUAUUUUUUCGACGACCUCAAUUCUCGAGGUCGUCGGUGUGGUUCUCUGAGGUCCGGACUCGCUGCCCGAAGAGUCCGGACCCGAUCCACGGCCGAUUCUGCGUCGGCCGAGAAUGAAUUCCACUGACUUCGGGACUAUUCUAUGAAAGCGUCGAUCUUCGCGUCGAGUUUGGAGAUUAUUUCCGCGAGGCUCGCCACCGUAGCUGAGGGUCAACAGCCCGAGGAGGAACGCAGGCGCCCGGAUGAUUCCCAGAACCCGAGCCCGCUCUUCUCCCUGUUGUGGGUCGAUGACCCCCCUCCCCAGCCCGAUGCGGGGGCCGUCGCUGAGAUGGGAUCGCCGGGCUGGGGCUCCCCAGACCCCCAGUCCGCUCGCCUGCUCUAUGACAAGGGCCGGCGCUUACUCCGGCAGAUCCAGGAGCUGACCGAGCCCCCGGGAGGUAGCGAACCCACCUGCGGGCUCCUGGAGUGCCUGCUGAGGGAAGGGAGCCCCACCGAGCCUAAGGGCGCACGCCUCCGGCACCUCCUGCUGGCCGACGAGAUCGCGGGUCCCCAGGGCGCCGGCUUCGGAGUCCUGACGCCACCAUGGGAAACCGGAUCUCUACCCACCCCCUCGUCAUGGGCACCAGGUCGGGCAAUGGCCGAGUCGGAACGGGAACCCAGAGGAGGGAGGGAUAGCAUCCUCUCGAAGGCCAUGCUCGCUGCGGGGAUCCCCACCAUUGACAGGGGCGCAUCUGCCCCCACCCAGGCGUUCCGCAAGGUCGCAGCCUCGGGACGGGUGACCUUCAACCUGAGCGCAGCGGCUCAAGGCCCCACCUGGAAACGGCGGGCUCCUUGCUCCUCACGGACCCCAGACGUGGCGUCCACCUCCUCCUCCUUCCACUCCAGGCUGCCAUUCGGCCAUGGGCGCCGGCCCUCCGCCAGCCUGCCCGUUGCCAACAACAACUCCGCCGUUGCCAGUCCCUGUUCCAGCCAGCGAUUUCUCCGUCACCCGCUACUGGACCACAGAACCCUGUACUCUAUGACGGCGAAGGAGGAGGAGCUGACUGGUGGCGCCAGUGACGCCAUGCUGGAGGCCCAAGAUGGCGGCUGUAGCGACUUGCUCUCGGACACCCAAGAUGGUGGCUGCAGCGACCUGCUGUCAGACACCCAAGAUGGUGGCUGCAGCGACCUGCUGUCGGACACCCAAGAUGGUGGCUGCAGCGACCUGCUGUCGGACACCCAAGAUGGUAGCAUGAUGGCGGGCACGCAAGAUGGCGGCUGUAGCGAUCUGCUGUCAGACACUCAAGAUGGCGAACCUGUUGACAUUGUGAAGGGUGCACAAGAUGGCGGCCAUGCUGAAAUGAUGGUGGACACACGAGAUGGCAGCAGAAGCAACCUGCUGUCAGACACCCAAGAUGGCGGCCCGGUCGACAUGAUGGCAGAUCCUCCAGAGGGCGAGCCCGUUGACAUGAUGACGGAGUGCCAGGAUGGCGGCUCCAGCGACCUGAGGGCCGACUCCCAGGAUGGUGGCUCCUGCGACGCUUUCUGUGCCUCCUCCCCCCACCUGAGCGAGGACUUUGGCCAGGAGGCCUUUUACACGCCGGAGAGGAGCCCAUCCGACGUGGAGGGGGACAUCGACCCUGAGGCCCAGAUGGCGCGCCUCGGGGAGGACGAGGAGGAGGAGGAGCCCGGGGGCUCUGGUGUCCUGCUGGGCCUAGGCGCGUUGAACACCGUCUCUGGGAGGCCAGCCCAGCUCGCGUCCCGGUCCAUCAAGGACGAGGGCAGCAGCCUGGCCUCAGGCUCGUCCCAGUCAGGAGGGGGCAGCGAGGGGAGGGCCGGAGGGUCGACCAAGGAAGGAGCUGACGACGUCUACACUGAGAUCCAUCAGGACAUGUUCUCCAAAGCCUUCCUCUUCAACAAGUUCAUGAAGCAGGGGCGUUUCCAACGCAAACCAAGCAACCAAAGUGGCAAGUAAGGGCCCUGAGAUGAGCUGGGAUGGAGGGGUUAGGGUCCUAGAGGUCACCUGGCUCUGCCUUCCGAUCCCCCGCCUCCAAACCGUCCAAACGAAUCGCCCGAUCUCCUCCUCGUGAUGCCUGUCCUCCGCCCUUUCGAAAUGCUGUAAAGUUAUAUUUUUUACGCACCCCUACCCCCACACAAUGGGAACAAAUAAACUAUUUUUUUGUCUACUUUGUCUAAUUUUUCUUUUUAAACGUUGUGGAUCUUCCCAGUAAGAAUCCCGGGAGACCCCUUACCCUCCAAAAACACCU